AUGACUAUCUCAAACAACGCGGACCACGAGCCAAGGGAGCUUGACAAGGCACUCGGCACUCUCAACAAUGCUGCGGCAGAGUGUCGUGUUGCGAUGACAUGCAACACAAGUGACAGCGUUGAAUGUCACAGCGCGGUGCACGGUGCGCGUCAGAAAUUGAUUGUAGAGACGCUCAAAUUCCUUCAGGUCGUUCAAGGGCCUGUUGAUACUGUGCAGAGCUGGUUUGACAAGACGGCUCAUAUUGCAGCAAUUCGCUCAUUGUUGGAGAUGGGUGUGUUUGACAGGCUUCCUACAGGGGGUGCAUCACGCUCCGCUGAAGAGCUGGCUCAAAAUUUGAACGUCGAACAAGAUCUUGUUGCCCGCCUGAUGAGAAUUGCCUCGACAUAUGGUCCUUUUGAGGAAGUCGGGCCCAGCACAUACAGACACACCCCGUUUUCUGAAGUUUAUUUGCGCCCGGAGAUUCGUGGGUUAUUCCAGUUUGUAAUGGAUGAGCAUAUGCCGACGCACCUCAAGAUGCACGACUUUCUCGCGUACAAUGGGUGGAAAUCGCCGGACUCCGUCUCCAACAACCCUUACACGUACACGCACGAAACUGGGGGUAAAGGCAUGUUUCAGCACCUCGCGAGCUACCCUAGUCGGAUGGAAGCCUUCAAUAAAGGGAUGACUAUGCAAGCCAUGACCUCUGGAUGGAUGCUCGAUGUAUACCCUUUCAAGAAGGUCAUCUCUGAUCAAACGCCAGCAACCAACGAUCCUGUCGCUGUUGAUAUUGGCGGCGGUAAAGGCCGUGCAAUUCGCCAGAUACGGUCUCUUUGUGAUGGCCUGCCGGGGAGAUAUAUACUUGAAGAUCAAGAGCAUGUUAUUCGCAGCAUUGUUCCUCCGCCUGAUGGAAUUGAAAUGGUCCCUCACGACUUUUUCACGGAGCAACCAGUUAAAGGUGCAUUGAUUUAUCUCAUCCGCCGGUGUCUUCACAACUGGCCUCCUUCCAAGGUUACUGAAAUCCUAAAGAAAACUGUAGCAGCCAUGGAGGUAAACAAGUCUCGCCUUCUUAUUGAGGAGAUCCUAGUCCCUCAGACGAAAGCCGGAAUUGAAGAAGGGUGGAUGGACGUACUCAUGAUGUCGCUUGGUGGUAAACAACGAACAAUAGAAGAAUGGCGCACCGUGCUCGCUGAGGUUGGCCUGCGAGUGGGCAAGGUAUACCAGGUUCCAGGAAGCUGCAAUGGUAUCAUUGAGGCAUGGAGGGUUUGA